AUGAGAGCAAUGUGGUCGCAAGGGCGCUGGGCCGGAGCGCUGCGGCCGGCGCUGCGGCGCGGGCUGCACGGCGGGCCGCGGGCGCAGUUUCAGAGGACGGCGCUCGCGCGCGCGCCGGCGGGCGGGCGCGGCGACGACGGGCGCAACGACAAGGACGACAAGAACAAGAAGGACGAGGAGCCGGGGUCGGUGGGCGAGUACCUGCGGUCGAAGUCGUUUGCACGCACGGUGUGCUGGACGGUGGGGCUGUCGCUGGCGUUCGAGCUGCUGUCGCGGAGCGGCGAGCAGCCGGAGGAGGCGCUGACGAUGCAGGACUUCAAGACGCGGUACCUGGAGAAGGGGCUCGUGAAGAAGCUGUACGUGGUGAACCGGCAGGUGGUGGAGGCGGAGCUGCUGCCGCAGGCCGGGGACGGGCGCGGCGAGGCGUUCGGGCUGGGCAUGCGCGGCCCGGUGGUGGGCUUCACGAUCGGGUCGGUGGACAUCUUCGAGGAGCAGCUCGACCAGGCGCAGGACAAGCUGGGCAUCCCGCAGAACGAGCGCAUACCCGUCACGUACGUGGAGCGCACGUCCGUGCUACAGGGCGUGAUGCCGUUCCUGCCGACGCUGCUGCUGCUGGGCCUGGUGUACUCGAUGACGCGGCCCCGCGCGGGCGGCGGUCCGGGCGGCAUGGGCGGCCAGGGCGGCAUCUUCGGUGUGGGUAAGUCCCGCGCGAAGCUGUUCAACCAGGAGACGGGCGUGAAGAUCAAGUUCAAGGAUGUGGCGGGGUGCGACGAGGCCAAGAUGGAGAUAAUGGAGUUUGUCGACUUCCUCAAGACGCCGGAGAAGUACCGGGCGCUGGGGGCGCAGAUUCCGCGUGGCGCCAUUCUGUCCGGGCCGCCCGGGACUGGUAAGACGCUGCUGGCGAAAGCAACGGCCGGCGAAGCCGGCGUGCCCUUCCUGAGCGUUUCGGGCUCCGAAUUCGUCGAGAUGUUCGUCGGUGUGGGGGCUUCGCGGGUGCGCGACCUAUUCGAGAAUGCAAGAAAGAUGGCUCCUGCGAUCAUCUUUGUGGAUGAAAUCGACGCCAUCGGGAAGGCGCGUGGGAAGGGCGGUGAGAUGGGCGGGUCCAAUGAUGAGCGCGAGGCGACCCUGAACCAGCUGUUGGUUGAAAUGGACGGUUUUACAUCCAGGGACCAGAUCGUUGUCAUCGCCGGUACCAACCGCCCUGAUGUGCUGGAUCCUGCCCUGCUUCGUCCUGGGCGUUUCGACAGACACAUCCAGGUCGAUGCGCCCGAUGUGGAGGGCAGAAAGGCCAUCUACAAGGUGCACCUUUCAAAACUAAACCUGGAUCCAUCCCUGAAAACUACCCCCGACACGCUGGACAACUUUGCCGGCAAACUGGCAGCAUUGACCCCUGGUUUUGCCGGUGCGGACAUCUCCAACGCCUGCAAUGAGGCAGCCUUGAUUGCGGCGCGUCACAAUGACGCGUUUGUCGAGUUCAGGCACUUUGACCAGGCCAUAGAGAGGGUGAUUGCGGGCUUGGAGAAGAAGAGCCGUGUGCUAAACCCAGAGGAAAAGAAAACAGUCGCAUACCACGAAGCUGGUCACGCCAUUUGUGGUUGGUUCCUAGAACAUGCUGAUCCGCUCUUGAAGGUGACGAUCAUUCCUCGGGGGCAAGGUGCACUCGGGUACGCGCAAUACUUGCCUGAUGAACAAUACCUAACGAGCGAAGAGAGAUUCAGACAUCGCAUGAUAAUGGCCCUCGGCGGAAGAGUCUCGGAAGAGCUACAUUUCCGCUACGUCACUAGUGGUGCCCACGACGAUUUCAAGAAAGUCACGGGGAUGGCGCGUUCCAUGGUCAAAUCUCUGGGGAUGUCUCGCAAAGUCGGUUAUGUCGCUUACGAACAGGACGACAACGGCGGGCUGGUGGUCAGAAAACCCUUCAGUGAAAAGACGGCCAGACUCAUUGAUCUCGAGGUCAAAAGGCUUGUGGAUGAGGCGCAUGCCAGCUGCAAGCAACUGCUGACGGAGCAUCUGGCUGAGGUGGACAAGGUUGCCAAACUGCUGCUCGACAAGGAAGUUCUCACACGAGAAGAUAUGAUCCAUCUGCUUGGCCCAAGACCCUUCCCAGAGAAACACGAAUCGUUCGAAAAGUACCUAGACCCGAAGAAACCAGCAUCUGGUGAAAGUCAGCCCGCGACCUGA